AUGGCGUCGUUCAACGAAGCUCCCCCCGGCAAUGCAGAAAGCGGCGCCAAGAUCUUCAAGAUGAAGUGCGCCCAGUGCCACACCGUCGAGAAAGGCGCUGGUCACAAACAAGGGCCGAAUUUGAAUGGACUUUUUGGAAGGCAGUCUGGUACAACCGCGGGCUAUUCCUACUCUGCUGCUAACAAGAACAUGGCUGUCAAUUGGGGAGAAAAUACGUUGUACGACUACUUGCUUAAUCCGAAGAAGUACAUUCCUGGAACUAAGAUGGUGUUCCCUGGAUUGAAGAAGCCACAGGAUCGUGCAGACCUUAUUGCAUACCUGAAGGCAUCGACUGCUUGA